AUGGGAUACUAUUUCACUCUUGAUUUCACCAUCGCUGGAUUGCCAUACAAGCUGAAUGUCGACACCGGCUCCAGUGAUAUUUUCAUCAAAGGGGAAUCCUCGCCUGGAAACCCCGCCGUCAAAUACAGUUGUCCUGAGUGUCUCAAGAACAGUGAAGAGAUAAGUAUUGGCUAUUUGGAUGGAUUCCUCGAAACUUAUAAGGCUACCUUGGAAGUCAAGUUUGGAUCCCAUACCUUUAAUGAAUCUAUUCUUGUCGCUUAUACAGCUCCUAAGACAUUUGAAAAUGCUGAGGGCUUGACACAGGGCCUUAAAGGAUGGAGCGCUGAUGUGAUUAAAAACAAGCUGGCAUUAAGAAUUGUGCAAAACUGCCAUAUCACCUUGAAAGACGUGGUCGUUGGAGAGUCCCAAAAGCUUCCCCAUGCCAUCGAUUUCCAAAAAGGCACAAACCUCGUCCUUAAGCACUCUCGUGUGUUUGUCUGCUGGAUCGCAGCUGGUAUUGCUAUGGGAGUAUACGAUAAUGUCAUCAGGUUCACAACCCAGCGUAAGCAAUUCGGCCGUUCUAUCUCAGGGCAUCUUCUGAUGUGCAUCCGCAUCUCCAAUCUUGCUGACGAGGGCAAGGUCGAGCUGGGCCAGAUCGCAGGAGCUAAGGCUUGGGUGACUGAAAGGGGAAGAGAAGUGUGCAGGCUGGGAAGGGAGAUCUGCGGAGGCAAUGGACUUUUGCAUGAGAACUAUGUGAUGAGAGCCAUGGCAGAUAUGGAAGCUGUCUACACUUACGAAGGCACCUACGAGAUCAACACACUUGUUGCUGGCAGGGACCUCACUGGACUCGCAGCCUUCACCAAAUGA